AUGCCGCUUCACCCCACAACACCGUCGUUCCACGAACAAGACUCAAAACCCUGGGCAGCCACAGGCGAUUCGCAGCCUGUUGAAGAGCUUCCGUCAUUUGUUGUCUCGGACAGCGUCGACCUAGUCGGUAGCUCCGACGGCGAACCGGUGCACGGCAUGAUUAGUGCCUUUAACUUCUCGUUCAUUCACCUGUCGGAAUCAGGCAGCAAUUCCAGCCUUAGCAGUCCAUCCGUUACUGGGGAACUGGUGUCACCUGUUCCAUCCGACAUGUCAACGUUUGCCGUGACAGGAGACCCACUCGAGCUGCUACCGAUUCCAGAGGAACGCUUAGAAUCAAGAGAUUGUAUAGAAGUACCGCUUAGCCUUUCCGCGGAGUCGACAGAGACGCCCCGUCAGAGCGGUAAUACAGAACCCGAUGGUGAAGCGUCACCUGCAAGUGUGACACUGAAUGACGAGAACAGUGGUGUGAGCGAUUCCGCGGUGACUGAAACUAGCGAUAUGCUGAUAAAGGACUUGGACAAUUCUGGGAUCAGCCAAAGUAGCGACAAUGACAGUAACAGUGAAAUGAACUCAGUCGCCAUGUCAUUGAUGAGUGAGUAUAACGAAUAUAUCGUCACGGAGACAGGCGUUGUGGUCUGUCAAGAGCCACAUAAAAGGUCGGAUGUGCUAGCUCACGAUAGUGUGCAACUUCAAUCGAUUCAAGAAAGUGUUGCAGCAAUAGUUCGGGACAUUGUCGACGGUGCUGUCACCGCCGCGACCUCCACACAGAAUCAGGUGUGCAGCCGUGCAGCUUUCGAAUCACAAAGCAGUAUUCAGGUCGAGCCAUCAAGUUCUGGAGUGUUCACUCUUAGCAUAAAAACGAAGCCAGUAGAUAAUCGGAGUUCAAGACGCUCAAUGUACGCUGUUGUGGGUACAUCCUUUGAAAAAGGCAUUGUACAGUAUCAUGUGCAGCUUCUGAAUGACAGUACGGAGCCGGUACCACUACAUCGCCGCUAUUCUCGAUUUAUUGAAAUGUACUUGAAAUUGAAAGAAUCCAAGCUACCAUCUGCAGGCAAACUACCGCAGCUAUCUCGGGCCGGCGUUACUCACUUCAUUCGCGGCCGACAAAGCAGAAAGACGAUCGAGGAGCGCCAAAACCAAUUCUCGUCACUACUUCGCUAUGUCGCUGAGCACCAAGAGCUGCACGACAGCACAGCGUUUCAGAAUUUUCUCGCUCAGUGA